AUGGCUGAGGAGUAUACGUUUAUGUGGGGCACUGGCCCCACUGGUGUGGUGAUUACUGGGGAUUUUGACGGGUGGGUCGGCACGACGCACAUGGAGUUCAACGAGGGCCACCAGAAGUUCGAGGCCGUGUUGCCCGUGUCGUUCGACAGCGACGGUAGGUUUGUGUUUAAGUUUGUAGUGGAUGGGGAGUGGGCCGUUAGCCAGGAUUACAAAAUUGAGACGGACGAAUUCGGAAACCAAAACAACUACAUAGAGGGCCAUGACAUGAUUGUGCAGGCGGAAGAGCGUGAGAAGAACAGGGGGGAGCUUGCCGGUGCGGAUAUGCUCAAUGAGGAGCUGUCUCACGAGUUGCAGGUGGAGAAGCACGAGCUGGAGCAGACCACACAGGAACAGGACCCUGGGAAGCACAUGCAGGGCCGCAUGCAGCGGAUGAUGGAGGAACCGGAGCCCGUGAGUGCCGCUGUGGGCGUGCUGGAUACAGACCCGGUCCCAGUCCGCGAGCUGUCGCAGUCGGAGGAGGAUUUGAUGGACGUUUCGCGGGCGGAGGACGCGGCAGCCUCCGGUUCGGAUUUCGAAACCGCGUCCGUGACGGACUCCCAGGAGGACGGAGAGGCCCCAGUGAACGUACCGGGCUAUCUGCCACAUCCACAGACGUCCGUCGUUGCCAAGUCAGCGACACCCACGGCAGACUCCAUCACGGAGGAACCGUCAGUGACAGGCGCUGUAAACCCGCUGGUCAACUUCAGACCGGAUAGGAAAAAGCAACUCGUUGUAGCAGAACAAACGCAGCGAGGUGCCGACGCGGAGGACAGCGAGCAGUCGAGCUUCCAGCACAUGGCAGGUGUCUUUGCUGCAAAGGAAAAGGUCGAUGCAGUUCCUGCGCAAAGAGGAGAUGUUACCACCGACAGGGCAGACGAGCCCGUCACAGAGACCGCGCAGUCCAGCACUGCUGACUUGAAUGGUGCGGAAGUGUCCAAGGACCAGAGUUUGGAAACUGCUCCACCACUCCCAGACGAAAUUGCAAAAGAGGUCGCUCAGGAACCCGUGCAGGAGCCCGUGCAGGAAUCCGUGCAGGAACCCGUGCAGGAACCCACUGCUGAAACGCCAAACAAUUUGGCCAAUUCUACAGAGCCAGAUGGAAAGUCGAUCACUGCAGUUGUUCCUACCUCUGUAGACGCGGAAUCACCCUCAAAGAGGAGGAAAUUGAAGAUCAAGAAGAAGGUGAGAAGAAACAAGAAAACAGGAGAAAGAGUCGUUGUCCAGGAAGUGAUUCACGAACUGGACGAGAACGAUAACAUCAUCGCUACAUACUCAUCCAUGGAGGAGGCGGAACAGCAGGGCCGGAACGUGGCCGCCACAGACGCUAGUCCAACGCUUGAAACAAACAGUAACAACGAUGCCAGAUUGUUCGAAAUUCAAAGCGUCAAUUCCUCCAGGAGCAACACUGUAAGCAUCGAGGCAGAGCCACCACAGAGAAAGAAAGACGCAGUGGAAGAAGCCCCAAAAUAUACUGAGCGGGUCGAAAAGGUGGCCGAGAAACCCAAGCCAGCUGAAGCCACUAAGGAAGCUGAGGCAGCGACAAAUGCUGGAUCCAAAUCCACACCAAAAACUGAAACCGACGCGGAAGUCAAGCCUAAAGCCGAGACUAAAUCCAAAUCAAAGUCUAAGACCAAACCUAAAUCCGAGACCGACGCAAAGGCAUCGACAAAUGCCACAACGACGAAGGCCAAGACGGAUCACAAGAAACAGUCGAAGACCUCUACUAGCACUGCCAAAAAGAAUCAAAACCCAAAUCAAAAGAGGAGCACUGCGACUGGGAGAGACGAACAGAGGAAGAAAGAGGGUGGAUUUUUCGGUAAAAUGAGGAAGUUCCUGCUAUGA